GAAGAAGAAGAAGAAGAAGAAGAAGAAGAAGAACGCAGUUAUUAUUAUUAGUGAUGGUGUUUGUAUGUACGUGUACUGACAGUGCUCGUUCAUGGGUAUUUAGUUAGCUUUAAGUUUUGGGUAGGAAGGACAGUUGGGAUUGUUUUAAAAUUAAACAGCUACAGCUUUAGUGAUUCUGCGUUAUUUUACAUACCUAUGGUUGUAUAAGCGGUAACACGAGUGCAUUGUGGGAUGCAGGGGGGCGCCUGUGAGUCUGGCGCAGUUCGCUCUAAAUCCUCCAGGCCACACACAGCAGUGUAGCGCACCUUUCAGACCAUAUUUAACAGCUUUAAAUAAUACAGAUAGACAGUGCAUUCGAAACAUUAAAACCAAUAUUUAGUUUGUUUUAAGUAGCUCGUUGUUCAUUCCGCACAUUAAAUGAAAGAAUGCCGAAUUUCUGUGCGGCCCCGAAUUGCACCAGGAAAAGCACCCAGUCCGACUUGGCUUUCUUUAGGUUUCCCAGAGACCCAAGAAGAUGCAGUCUCUGGGUGGAGAAUUGUCGAAGAGAAGAUUUGGAAGAUAAAACGCCUGACCAGCUGAAUAAGCACUACAGGCUGUGUGCAAAACACUUUGAGCCUUCGAUGAUAUGCAAAACUAGCCCUUACAGGACUGUUCUAAAAGACAAUGCCGUGCCAACUGUAUUUGACUUGACCAGCCACCUGAACAACCCACACAGCCGGCACCGCAAGAGAAUCAAGGUUCUGAGUGAUGAAGAAUUAAGGAAAAUGACGGCGAGAAUUGAAAACUGUGGUGAGCAAGAACAGCUAAAGAAUGACACACAGAACGAGGCUCAGUUCGAAGAGAUCGAGGAAGAUCAUCCGCCAAUCACCCCGCAGGAGAAAGAAGUCAAAGAUUACCUGAAGUCGCUGUUCGACAUCUUGGUCCUGAUGGGAAAGCAGAAUAUCCCCUUGAACGGCCAUGGGGAGGAGGGGGUGGAGGAGAGCGGAGCUUUUACCCCCAGCAACUUCCAGUCCCUGCUAGAGUCCCGCAUCACCGCGGGAGACGAGGUCCUGCGCAGGAGGUUUGAGAUGACGGCGGUGAACGUGGAGUACUGCCCCGUUACCCAGCAGAGGCAGAUGCUGGAGGUGUGUGAGAGCUGCCUGCGGGAGGAGCUGCUCAGGGAGGUGAGAGAGAGCCGUUUCUUCUCCCUGGUCACCGACGAAGCGGUGGAGAUCAGUGGGGAGGACCACCUCCCCGUCUUUCUGCGCUUCGUGGACGAGUCCAACAACCUCCGGGAGGAGUUUGCCGGGUUCCUCCCCUGCGAGGAGGACGAGGACGCUGUGUUCGUGAGCCUCCACACGGAGAUUACUGAGAAAUGGGGACUGAACCUGGAAUACUGCCGGGGCCAGUCUCACGUGAACUCCGGAGACUACGCCUUGAAGUUGAAAGCAGUGGCUUCCAAGCUGACGGAGAAGUACCCUUUGGCGGUGUGCACGCCUUGCUCGACGUGCGCUCUGAACAUUUGGCUGGCGAAGGCCUUGCCCCUGGCAGGAGUUCAGAUGGUGCUGGGCACUCUGAAGAUCAUCAGCUCCUUUUUUAGCAAGUCACCGCAGCUGCUGUCCGAGCUGGAGAACGCUAUCGCCACCAUCCACCAGGCCAACGAGGAGAGGGCCGACGAGCUCAGAGAGAUUUGCCGCACCCAGUGGAUAGAGAGACAUGAUGCUUUUGAAGUGGCUGUGGAUCUGUUGGAGCCGCUGCUGCUGUGCAUGGACAGCGUGAACGGCAACGCAAAUUUCAGCCGCCACGUUGCCUUCGAGGCCUACUCAAUUUCCGUGAACUUGGAAGAGUUUGAGUUCGUCGUGACCCUGGUGGUGUUGAAAAAUGCGCUUUCCUUCACCAGAGCGUUUGGCAAGAACCUGCAAGGGAACACCCUAGAUGUGUUCUUCGCCGCCAGCAGCUUGACGGCGGUCUUGCACUCUCUGAACGAGGUCAUGGAAAACAUUGAGGUGUACCAUGAGUUCUGGUUCGAGGAAGCCACCAAUUUAGCAGCCAAAAUGGAAAUCCCAGUAAAACUGCCCCGGUUGUACCUUCGGCAGCAUCGCCCGGAGCCCGGCUUUGAACUGCUUCCAGAAAGCUACUAUAAGGAAUCCCUGAGCAUCCCGCUCGUCAGCCGUGUCAUUCAGGAGCUGAAAGAGAUCUUCUCGGAAACCCACCUGAAAGCUCUGAAGUGCUUGUCCCUGGUCCCAUCGGUCAUGGGGCAGAUGAAGUUCAACACGUCGGAGGAAAGCAACGCGGACCUGUACAGGAACGACCUCCCGAACCCGGACACGCUCCCUGCGGAGCUCCACUGCUGGAGGAUCAAGUGGAAGCACAGGGGCAAGGACGUGGACCUGCCCUCCACCAUCUACCAGACUCUUCAGCUCUCAGAGGUGAAGUUCUUCCCCAACGUCUACUCCUUCCUGCGAGUUCUCUGCACCCUGCCGGUCAUCAAGGUGGAGAGCAGCAAAUAUGACUGCGGGAGGAAGCGCCUGAGGGCUUACCUCUCCGACACGCCCGCCAAUCACAGGUCCAAGAGCCUGGCUCUGCUCAACAUCAACUAUGAGGUUCGGCACGAUCUGGACUUGAUGGUUGAUACCUAUUCAAAAAUGUACCCAGAGAAAGCAGAUGAGCAGUAGCAAAGACUUGGGGUUGUCACGUCUCCCUUUUGUGGGGGGAGAAUUUGGACUGUGUUUGUUUUUCUUUUGUUUUAUAUUCUGAUAUCCUAGGUUGGAUCUUUCUGCGUUUUUGUUUUCAAAAUGGUAAGAGUACAAAUAAAUGACUGAUGGAUCCUCA